AAUUUCAGUUUCUCUUUCCUUCUCUGCACAGGUCUGGACUCACCUAGUUCAGCGGCUGGCCCCACCCCCUCAUGCCUUUUCAGUCAAAGUGGAGAUUCCAACUUGCAUUUGCCUUUUCGCUUUACACACAUCACCUGGGACUGCCCAGGGAGCCUGGCUAAAAGCAGAGACAUGCGGCCGGAGGAGCAGUUGAGAUUUCGCCAUGGCUACAGCUUGGGUCCCAGUGCUGGUGACUGUGCUGCUGGGCCUGGCCACAGCAGGCCCUGUCCCCACUUCCAAGCCCACCACAACCUGGAGGGGCUGCCACAUGGGCAGGUUCCAGUCUCUGUCGCCGCGGGAGCUGGAAGCCUUCAAGAAGGCCAAGGAUGCCUUGGAAGAGUCGCUCCUGCUGAAGAGCUGGAGCUGCAGCGCUCGCCUCUUCCCCAGGACCAGGGACCUGAGGCCGCUGCAGGUGUGGGAGCGCCCUGUGGCCCUGGAGGCUGAGCUACACCUGACGCUGAAGGUCCUGAGGACUGCGGCUGACUCGGCCUUGGGGGCCGUCCUGGACCAGCCCCUUCACACGCUGCGCCACAUCCACUCCAAGCUCCAGGCUUGUGUCCUGGCUCAGCCCACAGCAGGCCCCAGGCCCCGGGGCCGCCUCCACCACUGGCUGCACAGGCUCCAGGAGGCCGAGAAGAAGGAGUCCCAAGGCUGCCUCGAGGCCUCCAUCACGUUCAACCUCUUCCGCCUCCUCACUCGGGACCUGAAAUGUGUUGCCAGCGGAGACCUGUGCGUCUGAGAAGCCGGACCCACCCCUGCCCGUCUGGAACACAGACCUUAUUUAUGAACUAAGCCCCAUCCCUGCCUUAAGUUAUUUCCUCUCACCCUUAUUUAUGGAGCUGCCGCUCUGACUCAGACCCACAAGAAAUGUUUAUUUUUCUACUUUUGUAUAAUCGGUGCAAAUAAACAGUAGGAACUGGAAAAAAAGGAAGAGCCAACUACCAAUUUUCAGGAGAUGGGGAGAACGGAAGAACCUGUUAAACAACAGCAAGGACUGCAAUCAGCAGAAUAGAGACUCGGGCAAAUGCCGAAGGACAAAUAAUCCCGUUUCUUCAGCAAAUACAUUUCCAGGAAAGAAAAACAGAAAGAUGGGGCCCCUAUACUCUACCGGGAUGGUCUAUAAAGAGGAUUUAAAGAUCUAUCCACCAUCGGCAACACAGAGACCUUAUUUGGGCCCUGAUACAAACAAACUGUUCCAAAACCAUGGGUUGAUGACGACUGGACCUGGGGACAUUGACUGGA